AUGGCGCCCACACCGAGCCUCAGACCCGCCUCAGAGCAGAAAGCACAGCGCCCUCCAGGCUCCCUGACCUCGCGCCGGCCCAGGGUUGCGAAGCUCACCACCGGUGAACAGACCCAAGUUUACAAAAUGUCGCCCGCCGUCCACGCCGGAAAACCCGCCCAGAUGCGGUCCUCUAGGUCGACGCUCAGGAGCAGCGCCUUCCGGUACAGCCUGAGGGGACAUGCAAAGACAGCAGAUAGCUUUGCCAGAAAGCUAAAAACAAACAGCCUUCUGAACAGUGACUCUUUUGCAGAGGAAAAGCAGAGGAAAUCCCUUUCCAUAGGGGUCAACUGGGCACCAGCUUCUAGAAGCGUUUGCUCAGAGUCCUAUUGGAAAAUUCCUCCAUCAAUAUGGCUGAGGACCAGACAUUUUUCCAGGGUCAUGGAAAACUCCCCAAAGGCCCUAGAUCAGUCACCAGUGUCUGUGCCAUGCCAACACACACUUAUGGAAAAGCCAGACUGUGACUGGGAGACGUGGCACAUUCGCUUCAUAACAUUUAGCAGCUCGGAGGAAUCCGACCCCGUCCAGGAUCUGAGGAGACUCUGUGAGCUCUGCCAUCAGUGGCUGAGGCCAGAUCUUCACACAAAGGAGCAGAUGAUGGACAAGCUAGUGCUGGAGCAGUUUAUGAUCUGCAUGCUGCUGGAGUGCCAGGUCUUAGUCAAGGAAAGUGGAGUGCAGAGUUGCAAAGACAUGGAGGACAUGCUAAGAAAUAACCAGAAACCCAAGAAAUGGACUACAGUUCGCAUACAAGGAGAUGAAUAUCUUGUGCGAAGCUUGGAUAUUGAGACGUUUGAAGUUGAGCUCAGUGACACCAACGAUGAGAAAGACCUACCCAGGGAUCCCCAAUCCCUUGUUAGUGAGAUACCUCGAAAGAAUGGCCAGCAGGUAAGCCAAGAGCUGCAGAAUCCAGCAAGAGCCAAGGAACUGUCAAGAGGGCAGGACCAGAAAGGUCUCCUGCCAGAGAUCAUUCCUGAAACAGGUGAACUAGAGGGUCUGACACCCAAGGAAAACUUGGAGAAGGAUCUGAUGGAAGACAUGGAAGAGACAAGAACCCGUCAGUCUCAAGAGCUUGAACUUCCAAAGCGUUGUGAAGAAGGAGCCACAUCUUUGGACAAAGGACAUUUCUCAGGACAAUUUGGGUCCCAUUCUGUUGUUUCACCUAGCACAGUGGGACCAACCAGUCUUCCUGAGGGAAAAGAAGCCAAGGGACGGGCACCCUAUUAAUGUAGGGUAUGCAAGAAGAGAUUUCCUUAUCAAUCUCAGGUUACCCUUCACCAGAGGACACACACAGGAGAGAGACCCUUUCGAUGCAAUAUCUGUGCCGAAGGGUCCAUGCAGUCUUCCGACCUGUGAACUCACGAGCAUAUCCACACAGGCGAGAAGCCAUACUGCUGUGAUCUCUGCCCCAAGAAGUUAACCCACAACUCCACGCUGCGUGCUCACAAGAGCACCCACACCAAGGAGAAGCAUUUCCGAUAUGAGCACUGCGACAAAACCUUCAGCCACAGAUGGAACCUCAAGGUUCACCGAUGCACCCACUCUGGGCUCAAACCGUACGUGUGCCCCGAGUGUCACAGCGCCUUCCGUCAGCUAGGAAGUUUCAAACGCCACCAGAAAACACAUUCAAAAUGA